CGAUACGUCCCGGUCACACUGUUCGCCAACCACGUGUUGUUUACAUUUUUUAAAUAAAAAAUAAAACAAUAAACAAACGAUUCAGGCCGAUUAUGCGCGACAAUACGCCACCGCAUCGCCCGGACUUUGAAGACGGCGACGAUGAGAUACUGGAGGAGAUAGAGCUGGACGCGAAUGCCGCGCCGCCACUAGACGACGACGAGGAUGAACUAGAGGAGGUGACACUGGAGCAGCUGGAGGCACGUCUGGGCAUUCACGACGACGACGAUGAUGAUGAUAUGGAUGAAGAGUCCAUCCGGGACCGGGAGCGCAUUGCGAACAUGAAGGACGAUGCGGUGCUCACGUUCCGCAACCAUACAGCGCCGGUCUUCGCCUGCAGUAUGCAUCCGCAGUAUAGCUGGGCGGUCACGGGCAGCGAGGACGAUCUGGCCUUUGUGUGGGACACGAGCAGCGGCGAGGUGCUCUACAAGAUCACCGACCACAAGGACACCGUCACCGAGGCUCACUUUAGCCACGAUGGCGCCUACCUGGUAACGGGAGAUCUUGCCGGAGAGAUCAAUGUCUUCAAAGUGAGCGAGGUGCGCGAGGAGCGACCCAUCCUGACCAAGGUCUGGGAGUACUCCAUGUCCGACAUGUCCUGGCUCUUCUGGCAUCGCGGUGCCCAUGUGCUCCUGGCGGGCAGCGACACCGGCGAGGUCUACGUAUGGCGCAUUCCCAGCGGUGAUUGCAAAAUCCUAGCUGGUCAGGGGGAGCGGUGCGAGUCCGGAGAACUGAGCGGCGACGGCAAGAAGCUGCUAACAGCCUACAUGAAUGGCGUCGUCAAGCUCUGGGACCUGAAGACCUGCCAGGUGCUCAUGGAGGUGAACGAGCAGCACCCGAUGGGCUUCGGAGAGGUCACCCACGCAGUGGUGGCCUGUGAACUCGACUCGCCCUUCUACAUCUGCGCCGAGGGAGGAGGAAAGCUUCUAUUCUGCACCAACAGUGGACCGGUCAGUGUUGUGCAGUCGGAGCACGGCAUCGAGUGCAUUGCCUUUGCUCCCGCUUCGUCGGACUUGAAGCUAUUUGCCUGCGGCUCGCUGGACGGUCACAUAUCCAUAUGGGACUACUCAAAAUAUUCGCUGCGCACUGUCUGCGAGAAUCCAGUGCCCAACGAUGGCGUCCUUAGACUCAAAUGGUUGAACGGCAACACUAUCCUGGCGGCCACAUCGAACGGCAAUCUGAAUGUAUUCGAUGCCCGCACUGGCAGCCUGAAGUUCACCCUCACUGGACACUAUUAUCACAUCUACGAAUUAGCCUACAAGCCUCUGGAUAACCUGCUGUUGUCCGUAUCUGAGGACACCACUGCUAAGAUAUUUAAGGUUCCGCCGCUGGGCGACUAAUGUUGGUGCUAGAAACGAUUACGUGCUGUUCGAGUAUAUGUACAUAAAUAGACAAUGCAUAUGAA